CCAUCACCUGUCAAGCCUGUGGACCCACACGGGAAGGACAGCAGUAGCUAGGACAAGUUGAGGGCGCAGGAGGGAGAAGGAGAGCCGGGUGGUGGCUGCAGCACGCUAGGCUCAGCAAACAAAGGAGCACACGGCAGAAACUUGGAGCUUCUCCAGCGGAAUUUUACUUGACUUUCGGACUAAAACGGGCGGCCUGCCUACAAUCACCAUAUCCCCCAUCUCCUCCCCCGCCUUCAAGGCGAAAAACCCCAUACUUGAAUCACGGGCCUCGUCCAUCGAACGCGGGUGCUGCAUAUUACAGACGGCAGGCGGCCGCUGCUGCUGCUGUCGCUGCUGCCAUGCCGCUGUUGUUGUCGUUUUUCGGGCGCCUGGUUCCGCUGCUGCUAGCAGCGCUGUCCGCGCCGCGGAUAGCAGUAGAGGCCGCCCUUGUCACGGAGGACCUGCAGCUCGUGUGGCACGACGAGUUCAACGGGGGCUCUGUGGACUGGGACAAGUGGGUUGUCGACGAGGGGGACGGCUGCGACGUCGACCUGUGUGACUGGGGGAAUGGGGAAAAACAGGCAAGUUGUGUUUUGUUUUAUUUCUUCAUAAUAUGA